GCAGUAUAGUCCAAUACAUAAAUUAAAUACACAUUAUUUCAGACAGUGUGUUGUGCAGUCAAAAGUCAAACCAACUACUGUACACUCAAGAGAAACCGCGGUUUGGGAUAAAUGUGUGGUUUCCUGUUUCCUGCGUGCUUUUUAAAUGUGUAUCACAUCCUCUCACAUCACUAUCUUUCUCACAGUGUCUGUUGACUCUUUUCACCUGAUCUCACUUCUGUAGUGAAAUAGGUUGGAUAGUCCGGAACCUUCUCUAAAUUUCUGUGGCAGGCCUGGCUAUAAUUCCUCAUACUCAUGUGAAUAAGAGGCUACGCGAAUGUGGGAAAUAUGGGAAAUCACGCUGAUAAAGACAACUGCAAACCUGUGUAUGAAGUAAUGCAGACUCAGGUCAGAAGUACAAGGUCCAUCAAAGGAGGGAGAAGGAUGAGAAAAAACAGGACUGAUCUUUUAGAUGUGGAAGUUUCAAUCAAACUGACUGAACCUGAGGAGCAUCACAGUCGUCAAGGAUCUAAAAAGAGCACAGCUUCUGCAUGUGUUGAGAUCCCUAUAUCAGUUGAAAAUCAACAAAAUGUCAGUGAUGAGGACCCGGAGAGUGUUUUUCAUGUUGCACAUGGAUCAAUUGAAAAUCAAGAGACUUUAUGUCGUACAAGUUGUAAGAGGACGAGAGAAGACAGCACUGAUCUUGUAAAUGUGGAAGUUUCAAUCAGACUGAGUGAACCUGAGCGACAUCAUAGUCGUCAAGGAUCUAAGAAGAGCGCAACUUCUGCAUGUGUUGAGGUUGAAAAUCAAGAGAAUGUCAGUCCCAGGAGCUCUGAGAGGAUGGAAGCAGGCAGCACUGAUCUUUUAGAUGUGGAUGUUUCCAUCACACUGGGGGAAACUGAAGGAUGUCACAGUCGUCAAGGAUCUCAGAAGAGUGAACAAUCAACAAGUUGUCAAGGAUCUAAGAAAACACACAAAGUCAAAGGUAUUUUUAUUCGCCAAAGCUUUAAUCGCCGGGGAUUUAAGAGGAUGACAAAAUGUGCUGCUAAGGUCUCGCAGAAACCAGAUACAUUAACAGUGGAUGGAAAUGAGGGCAAUCAUAGUUGCCAAGGCUCUCAGAGGUCAGAACAUGAGGGCUACCUACAUAGUGUCCUAAAGUGGAAGUGCAAUCGCUGUGCAGACGUGACAAAUUCAACCAAUUGGAUUAAGGCGAAGCCCUCUGUAUCCACAGAAGAGGGUUUUCCAUUGUUUGUGCAGACCUGUAGUUCUGGACAGUUUGAGUGUACACAAACUGGUAUACGCUGGGUCUGUUCUACAGACGUGAAGAUACAGUAUCGUGUUGUGAAUUGGGAAGUACUUCAUGGGAUAAUGGAAUCAUAUGAACCAGCUGGUCCUUUGCUGAACAUUACACUUCUAGAGGGGGAACUGGAGGAGAUCCACCUGACACAUUUUCUCUGUUUGGGAGGUGUUGAAGCAUCACUGCAUGAUUCUGUGAAGGUUCUACAUUGGCAGAAGAGUAGAGUGUCCUUGGAAAAAUGUGACUUGACCCGAUUCCACGGCAGAGUCUCUAAGCCCACCUUUUCCUUUCUCGGGCUCAUCAUCAAGAAGUUUCAAGACUUUCUGUCACUUUCUGCGCAUGGGGCAUUGGUACACUACUGUGCUGGAGUUUCACCCCUUAUUCUUCACACUUAUCUCAUGCCCGAGGAGCCCAUUCUACUACAGCGUGUAAAGGAGAACAGUGCCAACUAUUGUCCGAUCCCUCUACCCAGACCUGAAGAGCCUUUAAGGUUGGGGACCUUCUACCAACUCAGAACUUCCUGUUUUUCCGACAUCACUCCUUCAGAGAUCCAAUUUAGGUAUCCAAGAAUUGUCCCAAACUUCUUUAAAGUGCGCAUUGAAGAUCCCAAGGACAAAUUUAAAAUGGAGCUGAUUCGCGUUCAUGACCGUGAAUGUAAGUGGAUUGGUGAAUUUCAUAAGGAUGAAUACAACAAGAGCACAGCAAAGAGGCAGGUAGCGAUUCUGGAGAACUACAGCCCAGCAAUGAUUGAAAAUGAGGCCCAUUUUAUUGAUGAUCACAGAGUUACACUCAUUGAGCGUGUGACAUGUAUACCUCCCAUAGCAGAAGAGAUGCUCUCACAAGGUUUGAUCCAUAAAGAAAAACAUUCAAACAUCAUGGCAGCAAGGACCAGUGAAGAUAGAAUGAGGGAGAUCUACAAAUGUCUGCAGUCUAGCGGAACCAAAGGGAAGGCCCAAUUUUACCAGAUCCUUCUACUAAAAGAGCCCCACUUGGUGAAGCAUCUGAAUAAUUCGCAUCACUGAUCAGGAAGGGUGUCCUGCAACUGUUUUUUGAGAACCUGAUGUUAUUUGAUGCCAUUGUAAACAGUAUUGGCCUGAUAAAUCAUAUUGUUUUGGUGGGGACACGGACACCUGGAAAUAUUGAUAUCACAAAACCUACAAAUGCAUUCCGUUUAAUAAAACAAUGUUUUCUCUCUC